AAACACCCCGCUCACCAAAUGUAACCGCAGCUUUAGCGAGAACGAAAUUACCCGAAUACCCUUCAAUUUCCUCGAGCAUCGCGCGAGACGCGGUAAGACAGGCGCGGUUGAGGAGCCCUAGGAAAAACCGUCUCGUUCUCCCCGCGCCCGUUCUAUCCCGCCAUUUCCCACAGACGCAGCUCCCUCUCUCUAUCUCACUCAAGAAGAACGCUUCCCGGCGUUGCGGGCCGACAGACGAAGGGACCGAGAUUUCUAGCUCUUCCUUUUUUCUGGUGAUCUCCGGGAUAUAUAGCCAGUCGUCUCCGGAGCGGACACUCCGAGACUCGCUGGUCAAGGCUUUGCUUCUCUUCUCACGAGUCGCGGCGUACCUGGUGGAGGAGUGAAGCUCGAAGAACCUUUCCCGCUCUAAGAAUAAAUUUCUGUCCCUCUAGCGUGGCCGUGAUUCGGUCUAGACACAAUAUCUUAUCUGGAGGAGAGAAGCUUAGGGGGACUGGUCGAAUCUUCUUCUCCUGAACAAUCGCCUUGCUUCGGCUAGACAUCCUGUCUGGAGGAGAGACGCUGCCGUUCCUUUUCGAGUUUGGAGCUUUUAGCUGCAGAGCAAACUGAAGUGAAGUUCACUCCUAAAAGCUCGCUGAGUUUUGAGGUAGAGAUAGUGUGCGGAGGGAGUAGCUGGUGAUUUCCUUUAAGCGGAUCGCUGUUUUGAGCUUGCAGUCGACCGUUUGACGACUGAAGAUAGCGUUUCCCUGUGUUUAUGAUUAGUUCUUCUUAAGUCUUUUGGCGGCAUUUGGAGCUUCGCGUGCAUGCAAUAACGCUUAGUGUCUGGAUUUAGCGUUCUGUCGAAGUUGAACAGGGUUGGGCAGCCGAGCUUCUCGCGGCAAAGCCUCCAUUUCUUUGCCGUAGAAGCUAGUCCGGCGCCGGCGGUGAAGUCUUGGACGAAUUUCUUUGGAGACGGAGCUGCUUCUAGACAAUGUAGGUUGAAAUCAGAGCCGAAGUUUUUUGUUGAAGGGAGAUCAUUUUCUCUGCUUUUCUUCUGCUCUCUUGCAUCUGCAAGAUUGUUGUGUUCGUAUGCUGCAGAGCCUCGGGCUUGCAGCCACAAAAGGCUUACAUCUCCGGCAGAGCUAAUUGCCCCAGAAGGGUGGUGGAAAGCGUUCCUGGUCGAUGCUUUUCAUUUAUUUGGAGCUGCUAUGGCCUGGCCGCACUUGUAGACGCACACCAUAGAAGACUGCAAAGGAAGUGAAGAUAUUCUUAUAUUUGGACUAGCUGCAAGCCUGCAAGUUUCCAAGUUUGAAGAAUGACACUGAACUGAUAUUAUGGGAUGCUUCAUUCUUCUGAAGUGGGUCUUCUUGGUUGACAUCUAGUGCUGUUUCUCCUGGAUUGAUUGGGAUAUAGCUCUUGGAAGUUACUCAGCUGUUCUACUGUGCCAUCGGAUGUGGUUGAGCUCAACAAGUCAGUUUCAGUGUUGCAUACCUUGUGCAGCUUCUCCACCUACCAUGAGGAUUAUUUUGCUGGUUCUGUUGUUUGUUCCUUACCUUUCAACUUUGGCCCAACUUCCGUCACAAGACAUUCUCUCGCUCCUCCAAUUUAAAAAGGAAAUAAAGAUUGAUCCAUCUGGCUCCAUCUUCAACUCAUGGAAUGAGGAGUCUAUUGAUUUUAAUGGAUGUCCUUCUUCCUGGUACGGCAUUAUCUGCAGUGGCAACAGCGUUGCAGGCAUUGUACUCAACAAUUUGAACUUAUCUGCUAAUUCUGAUUUGAGUGUAUUUGCAAAUCUUACAAUGUUGAUAACUUUGUCUCUCUCCAACAACUCUAUUAGUGGACAACUCUCCUCAAGCAUUGGAAGCCUCCGCAAGCUCCAAUACCUAGAUGUCUCAAACAAUCUCUUUUCAGGGUCCUUGCCUUCAGAAAUUGGGCACUUGCAUAGCCUAAAGAACCUUUCUUUGUCUGGGAAUGCUUUCUCUGGUCCAAUUCCUGGCUCACUUGGUGGUUUGACAUCUAUUCAGUCUAUAGAUUUGAGUAGUAACUCUUUUUCUGGUGCACUCACUAUGAGCCCAACUAAGUUGAUUCAGUUGGUCUCUCUGGAUCUUUCAUGUAACAAUCUUACUGGGAACAUUCCUGCCGGCUUAAUUCGCCUUCAGAAUUUAAAAAUGGUUGACUUCCAUCAAAACCAGUUCAGCAAUGUGAUCACUGAAGGAUUUUUUCUCCUGUCAACUGCUACAUAUAUUGACCUCAGUGACAAUUUGCUUUCAAGAUCAAGCUCCAGUAAAGGAUUUCUGUCAGGUUUAUCAGGUUCUCUUCAGUAUUUGAACCUCAGCAAGAACAAGAUAACUGGGUCAUUGAUAGAGCCUGGUGAUCUGCCGCUUAUGGGUGAACUGAAGGUUUUGGAUCUGAGCCAUAAUCAGUUGUCUGGAGAGCUUCCAGCAUUUCAAUUUGCAUAUGCACUUGAGGUGCUGCGACUUCGAGGCAAUGGGUUUUCUGGAUCUUUACCAAGUGGGCUUAUCAAAGGUGAUUCUUUGGUGUUGACAGAGCUGGAUCUAAGCAGCAAUAAUCUUUCAGGCCCAAUCAGCAUGAUCACUUCAACAACAUUACAGAUUCUUAACCUAUCAUCAAAUGCCAUUUCUGGUGAACUUCCACUGCUGACUGGGAUCUGCACCAUUUUGGAUCUGUCAAACAAUCAGUUCACUGGAAACUUAUCUGUCAUAGCAAAAUGGGGAAACAAUCUUGAAUUUGUUGAUCUGAGUGAGAACAAGCUCUCUGGACCCUUCCCUGAGUUAACUUCUCAAUUCUUGAGGCUGAAUUACCUAAAUGUUUCGCAUAAUCUGUUGAUUGGAUCACUUCCAUCUGUUCUUUCUGAGUAUCCUAAGCUCAGUAUUCUAGACCUGAGUGAUAACCGGUUUGAUGGGCCAGUUCUUUAUGACUUGUUGUCAUCACCUACGCUGCAAGAGAUUCAUCUUCACAACAAUUUAUUCAUUGGAGGUAUUCCCUUCACAUCCUCAUCAAUGAACAAUACUCACCUUCAAGUCCUUGACUUGUCUAUGAAUCGUCUAAGUGGUGCCCUUCCUUUGGAAAUUGAUGUUCUAACAAAUUUGAAAGAACUCAACAUCGCUGGAAACACAUUUUCUGGAAAUUUGCCUGCUUCUGUAACUAAACUUUCUUCACUUGUUUCUCUUGAUAUGUCUUCUAACCAAUUUACUGGCCCCUUGCCGGAUUCAUUUCCACAGACGCUCCAAAGCUUCAAUGUUUCUUAUAAUGACUUCACAGGGGUUGUUCCAGUGAACCUCAGGAAAUUUCCUGAUUCUUCAUUUCACCCUGGCAAUGAAAAUCUUGAGCUGCCUUAUUCCUCAUCUGGCCCUAAUCCAAACCCUGGCAGGAGGGGCCACCAUAAACAAAUUAAUGCUCUUACUAAAGCUGUGGUUAUCAUAGCGUGUGUGGUUGCAUUCACCAUUAUAGUCCUUCUGGCAAUUGUCAUACAUUAUAAAAGGAUCUCAAAGACAAGGCAUACUGCAGAAGGCAGCAAAGUUCUUCGGUCUUCAGCUGUUUCAGGUCCUGCUUCUUUGGUUGUAUCUGCUGAUGAACUUGUUGCAUCUAGAAGCAGAAAGGGUUCACCUCCUCCUGGUAUCUUGAGCCCUGAUGAGAAAAAAUCUGCUGCCAGUGGUGGUGACAUUGUAGGUUUUUAUUCACCUUCAAAGAACAGUCAAUUCUCUUGGUCACCAGGUUCAGGUGGUUCCUCCACUCCAGAACAUUUGGGGAAGUUGAAAGUGCAUUCCCCUGAUAGACUUGCUGGAGAACUAUAUUUUUUGGAUGAUUCAUUGACCUUUACACCUGAAGAGUUGUCAAGGGCACCAGCAGAAGUACUGGGGAGAAGCAGCCAUGGAACAUCUUAUAGAGCUGCUUUGGACAAUGGAGUGUUCUUAACUGUUAAGUGGUUGAGAGAAGGGGUUGCAAAACCAAGGAAGGAGUUUGCAAAAGAGGCAAAGAAGUUCAGUAAUAUUAGGCAUCCUAAUGUUGUGGGAUUAAGAGGGUACUAUUGGGGUCCCAGUCAGCAUGAGAAGCUUAUUCUUUCUGACUAUGUUGUUCCUGGAAGCCUUGCAAGCUUUCUGUAUGACCGGCCAACUCGAAAAGGCCCCCCAUUAACUUGGAACCAGCGGCUGAAAGUAGCUGUGGACGUAGCUCGUGGCUUGAAUUACCUACAUUUUGAUCGCGCACUUCCACAUGGCAACCUUAAGUCAACCAACAUUUUGUUAGAAGGGCCAGAUCUGAAUGCACGAGUUGCUGAUUAUUGUCUCCAUCGCCUUAUGACCCAGUCUGGCACUGCUGAACAAAUACUGGAUGCUGGAGUCCUUGGAUAUCGAGCUCCAGAGUUGGCAGCUGCCAAGAAGCCAGUGCCUUCAUUCAAAUCAGAUGUUUACUCCUUUGGGGUGUUGCUUUUGGAGCUUCUAACAGGAAGAUGUGCUGGGGAUGUGGUCUCCAGUGACCAAGGUGGGGUGGAUCUCACUGACUGGGUUCGGUCUCGAGCAGAAAACGAACGUUUCACAGAGUGUUUUGACCCUGCAAUUGUCACUGAAAGUGGGAACUCAGCUGCUGGAAAAGGUAUGCAGGAAAUGUUGGGAAUAGCAUUGAGAUGCAUCCGUCCAGUGUCUGAAAGACCGGGAAUUAAAUCUGUUUACGAGGAUCUUUCCUCCAUCUAGAUGAGCAUCUUUAUGAACAUGUGUAGUGUGUAGUUUAGUUCAAUCUUUCUGUAAGUUUAAUUUGUCUGCAGUUAUCGUCAUUGAUGGUUGUGAAGCAAAGAUCAAUGGGCCUCCUGAGAAUUAGACAGCAUCGAUGUUUUAAGAUUGUGAAUAUGGUGAAAAGAAUAUGGAAUAUGGGAGGCCAGUUUUUGUUCAA